UAUAUAUUAAUAUUGGCUGUAAGUAGAAAGUUGAUUAACAUUGGCGAUGUGAAGCUGCGUCGAAUGUGUAUAUAUAUUGGAUUGUUUAUUAUUUAUUCUAGAAAAUUCUAUAGUGAUAUUAAGUGUUCUCUUUUAUUUUAGGUCUUCAAUUUAAAUGGUGCCCAAAAUGGACGACGUCCAGAAACUGUACAUCGGUGAGCCCAAAGCUAACCCUCAGACCAACUCAUCCAUGAAAUGUUACGUCAGGGCUAUGUACGUCCUCGUGGCUUGUCUGACCUUGGCCUUCACUCUGGCCAUCUUCUUCUGUUAUAUGGAGAUCACACAGCUCAGGACCACGGUAGAACAUCUGCAGACAAUGGAGUACAUCGAGGCCAGAGUCGGCGAUCAAAUGACGUCAUCUAAAUCAAGCAUAAGUGGCGCAGAAAACAAAUCAGAGGCGGAUAAACUUUUGACAAGGAGCAAAAGACAAAGCUAUUCACAAACAGCAGUUACGGAUGGAUACCUUACAGCUGAAGUACUAGAUGCGUAUUGCAAAAAGACUCAAAACUAUUGUGAAGCUUACGGCCCUGCAGGCCCUGCCGGACCACAAGGACCUAAAGGAGACAAAGGCGAUACAGGUUUAGUUGGACAAAAAGGAGACACUGGUGAACCUGGAUAUGUCGGAUCUAACGGAAAAGACGGAGCCCCAGGACCAAAGGGUGACAAGGGUGAACCAGGUGCCAAAGGAGAAGAUGGUUAUGCUGGAACACCGGGUAAUGAUGGAGCUCCUGGAAUGAAAGGAGAACGCGGGGACAAGGGAGAUACAGGUGCUCCAGGACAGCCCGGAGAGAAUGGCAAAGACGGUUACCAUGGUGAAAAGGGUGAACCAGGACUUCCAGGUGCUAACGGAGCUCCUGGUCAGCCAGGUACACCAGGUCCACCUGGUGAAUAUGGACAAGCUGGUACCCCAGGACAGCCUGGUGAAAAAGGAGAAAGAGGUGACAAAGGUGACAGAGGUGACCAAGGUCUUAAAGGUGAAGCAGGAGCUCGUGGUGAAGAUGGGUAUGCAGGUGUUAAAGGAGAGAAAGGAGCAACUGGAACACAAGGUGCCCCUGGUUUAUCAGGAGUUCAAGGACCAAAAGGUGACAAAGGUGAAGCAGGUAACGAGGGAGUUCAAGGGCCGAAAGGAGAAUGUGCAGAAAAGUGCCCUGUCAAAGUCGCAACGAAGUACUAUUGAAACCUGAUAGUUACAAAAAUCUGACACUACAACUGAGUAAACUACGAAACAAAAACAAAAAAGAAGAAGACAACAAAACUAAAAGCAAUAAGAAAACAAAUAAAAAAAAAAUUAAAA